AUGGACACCAUCGACGGCGACAAGCCCAGGCCGCCAGUUGCGCCACCUGAGCCAAUAUCGCCAGCUCUGUCAGCUUCUGCUGCUGCCCCCAAGUCCGCCCUGGCAAAGCCAGCAGCAUCACCAACCACAGCACCCACUCCGGAUUCUCCUCGCGCUGCUCCCGUCUCUGUCUCUGCCACAAGUCCAGCACCGGCUACAGACUCGGCGCCCGCCAAACCUGCCUCGACCUCGACCUCGACGACAGGCCUAGGCUCGGCAUCAGCUCCCCGGCCCGCGUCGACCUCUCCGGCGCCGCCAUCACCGCACCCGGCCACCUCUACUUCAGCUCGCCCGGCUGCUCACGAUAGCGCGCCAUCGCCUGCGCCUGCAUCUGCGCCCGCUCCCGCAACUGGCACCACGAACGGGAGGACGUCGCCCGGUGCUGCUGUUGCUAAUCAACCAUCUCGCAUUGCUUCACCCAACCAGCCCAACGGUCGCAAGACCUCGUUCGGGGAGGGAGAGGUUGAGAGUGAACUUAGCGAUCCAGUCAGCAGUGUUCACUCACCGUCGGGUGUCGAGUUCAACGAACCCGAGGACGAGAUAGUUGUUGGUGCUCGUGCGAACGGAUUGCGCAAGCAAUCACCUCGCAUUGUGUCUGACCAGGAGGACGAAACCAUGGCCGAUGUCGACGACGAACCCAUCGUCUCUCACUAUCCUAAGCGGAAGCGCACCUCUAUUCUCAACGACUUGAACGAUAGCAGGAUCGAAGCACCCUUGUCAGUCCCUAAGGAGAGGACACCUCCAGCCACAACGAGACCCAAGCCUGCACGGCCGAGCCUGGGUAGUGUGAAGGGAGUAACGAUUGGUCAUUGGAGAGACUCACCUGCCCCGGUUGAGGAUCUGAAACAUGCUGUUAUCGGCUUUAUUGAUGUCCGGGAACGCCUUCGAACUCGCAUCCAACCUGUCACCUUGACCGGCGAACUGGUACCCGACGAGUAUCCCCUACCCCCUGGCCCUGGUGGCAGCUGGGUCACCUUUGAGAGAGUUGUUUUUCUCAAGCACCUCGUCGGCCUCGAUCACUAUCAAGUCAAGGAGUUUGUUAGACUUCGUGCCGAUACAGCAGGAACUGAGUCGUCGGAAGAAGAACGCAUCACCGCGGAUAAGGCCGCUGUCAAGGAGGCGAUAAAGCGUGUCAAGCAGAACCCUACCGCAGAGAACGCCACCAACCCACCUCAGAUUGCCUAUGGUACAGAGCUCCCCGACCACAUCUUGGCUAGCCGUGAUCCCAAGCGACGAAGAACUAGCGGAGGCUUCGCCGCGAUCAACCCGGCCCCCACCAACGGCGUUGUGUACGAGCACACUCCCAUCCAGCCCGCGCCCGGCGGACCUCAGCCUAUUCGAAAUGUCAUCGACCCUCUCCCCGGAACUCGUCCUACGCGAAUCCUCCUGGGCUGCUGGGAAAAGUCUGCGGAGCCGAACCCCAAGGACAAGCACGCCGUCUAUGGUAUUUUGGGUCAGAAUGACAUGUUCCGUGUCAAGCUCGUAAGAGAGACACGCGAUGGCCGGUUCGUUGACGGCAAUUUCCCAACUGGUGCUGGUGCUCUCUGGAUCCCGUAUGAGGAGGUAAUAUUCGAGCCUCACCUCAAGUCCCUGCCCCGUGCCGAGAUCAAGGAGUAUUGCCGCGUACGUCAGUGGCAGAUUGACCACGGGGAGUCACCGGAUGAACGAACGGCGAAUGAAACAAAGGCAGUAUACGAUGCUCAGGCUAGGGUUGCGGGAACAAGUUUUAAGACUGCCGCUCCACUGUCUAUUGCACCGGCGCUGCCUCGCAUGCCGGAUGAUUACGAUUCUGACCAGACUGGAAGGGCUGGCUUUGGAGGUCAUGAGCUUCGCCAGAGCCGCCGCGUCGAAGCUGCACGGGCAAUCGACGCUGCCAGGAUGGAGUCACGCCCUACACGUCAACUGCCUGCAGAGGUUGAAACUUCGGCUCAGCCACCGCCCCAGGCCCAGCCUCAACCCCAAUCCCAGCCUCGGUCGGCCUCCGCUGUUGGCAAAGCACAAGGAGCUGACGCUCUCGAGCGGACCUCGUCUCUUGCCCGGCGCGAAAUUGCACGUGCCGAGGCUGCCCAAGGACGUGCUGACCGACACGCCGCUAACCGCGAGCGAGCUGUAGCCGCUGCUGCCGAUGCUGCUAACGCUGCCGUCGCCGCUAUCCCCUCGGUGGCAGUCAAUGGACGGAUGCGGUUCCACGAAUCGGAAGAGAUGCAGCGUCUCAACAAGGUUUGGGCGCGCCAGGAAAGCCUUCGUAUGAAGGCAGGAUCCGAGGACGCCAAGAUCUAUGGUGGAGUCAAGUACGAACGCAAGGCCAAUGGUCCCUUCAUGGGCAAGUUGGUCUCCCAGGGCAAUAUCAUCACUAUCGAUGGUGAGGACUAUGUGGAAUACCGCGUGCUUACCAAGCCAUCCUUUUUCUAA